UACAUAUAUUACUGUAUAGCAGAAUUUGUGAACGCGGUUAACGACGUUGAUGACGUCAUUAUGCAGAUAACCAUUUUUUAAAAAUGGCGAUAACUGGAAACCUGUCCGGUAAGUCGAAGGCUGCAAAUACAGAUGAGUACAAAGAGGAUAAAAUGGAAACCAGCACAGAUCUUAACAGUGACGAGGACUCGUUAGAACAAGAUAACAAAUUUGUAAAAGACUCUGUACAACUUCCUGUAAAAUCAGAUAUCGACCUAGAUACUGCCGGUUUACAACUGCUCGAAGAGGAACUAAGUUUUGCAGAAGAGAGCAUUCAGAGAUUCCUCUUGUCGACAAUUGGUUAUUCAUGUUCAAAGGUCUACGAUAUAAUUUUUAAAUAUGGUCAAAAACUUUUAAUUUGCUCAAAUAAUUCGAUUUUGAGAAAAUCUGCUACAGGAAAUGCAAUAUUCGUAUUAUUGACGGGCAAAGUGAAUGUUUUAACGUCUGAUAAAAGUGAAGUUUUGUCUACUCUAUCCCCUGGUGAAGUUUUUGGUGAAGUUUCAUUGCUAUUUGAUAUUCCAGUGACGGCAAAUAUUGUUGCUGUAUCAGACGUAACCGUCGUAAAAUUACCCAAACAAGCUACAUAUGAAAUAUUCCAAGAGCAUACAGAAAGUCUUGAUAUGAUUGAUUGGUUUAUACAAAGACGUUACUUGCCCACCGGAAGUUCGGUAGACAGUGGAAGAGUGUAUCGUCGACUUGCUCUUCAAACAUUAAAACACAUACAUUUGUUAGAUGACUGGACGGAGGAAAUGAUAAAGAAAUUAAUAUUAUCCUUUGACAAGAAUAUUGUAACAUUAUAUCCUUGUAAGUCGAUUAUCAUUUUAGAAAAUGACCCAUUAACGGCUGUAUAUAUAGUAUUAAAAGGUGACAUCGAAAUUGUUCACGGUUCCAAAAUUAUCAACACACGGUCUAUAACAAAUGAAAAGGACCCGUUUGUUUUCACUGAAAUUACCUUGAUAAGUGAUGGGAAAACAUCGCCUGUUACUAUCAAAGCUUUGACAAACUGUCAGGUUAUACAAGUGAGUAAGGAAUUGGUAAGGAACAUUCUCGAAUCAUUUCCAAAACAACUGGAAACAUUCAAUAAAGAAAUACGUUCAUUUCGCGAUUCGUUCAAACGCCUCGGUCAUGUUUACAUUCAGAACGAGGCUUAUCUUCACAUUGAGAUGUUGGUUAGUUAUCUUAAAGAGAAUUCUCUCUACGCUACAUCAUCAAUACAGCAACUUUGGAGAUCAGUUCUUGCUAGUGAUGUUCAGGAAUUUGAAGACGGGAUGACGGUGCUGUUAGAAACUGACAGCGUAAAUUAUGAAGCAAUCUUGAUAGUUCGUGGUUCAGUCAUACAGAAAUCAACCGCCUUCAAAGACUUGGAUACUACUCCUAAAGCAAUAAUAUACCGAAUAGACGGGGAAAAUGUUGUUAAAAAUACUGAUCAAGAUCCAGAUGGUCUGGAUGCUGAAAGGGGUGAUUGUAAACUUAUUGAUGAUUCAAAUUAUACAGUUUUCAGAACUGGUUCUGUUGUAGAUAUCAAAUCUCUCAUAGUAGAAUCAGCUAAUCUUAGAACGAAAACUAAUUGCCUGAUUCUGAAAAUAAGAAGAGCUGAAGCCUGUAGUGACACUGAACAACCGACUAAGGCAUUCCCUAUAGCAAGUGACACCGAAAAUUCCCUUAGCAUGGUUUAGACAGAUGAAUGGCUUUGUGGGAUAUCUUUACCUACGGACCAUUAUUGUUAAAAAAGGCCAGAGUCUUGACAGUAAGUGUUCAUAAAGUCACACGAAUAUGACUGUACUCGUUUAGUGCAUUUCUCAUAAGAUGACAGUUAAAGGCACAUUAUAUUUGCUACAAAUAUUUAACAGUGAUGCGUUGAAAGCAUAAAUUGACCCAUCAGUGUCUUCACGAAAAGUAUACAGCUUUUAAAAAUAAAGCAGCGACCGUGAAGUCAACUGUUUACAUUGAAAUGUAAUAACAAACUCAUGAUUUUAGAAAAUAAAUUUUAUUCAGUUAUUAACAACACAGUUUUCAAUAUAUAUACACAAUGAUCAAUAGUUGUUUUAUAACAAAUCACAUGGGGGAAAAUGUAUAACAACAUGCAGAUAAAAUUACUGGUCUAAAAUGAACUGUAAACUA